AAACCGCUCCGAACAAAUGGGAAUUGUUGAAAAAAAAAUGCAUAUCUAUAACUAAACAAAUAAGAAAAAAAUGUAAACUAUUUAAAGUUAAAAUUAACAAAAGUUUUGAUUAUUAAAAAUCAAAGUUACUAUCAGGGGAAUAACUUGAAAGCAAGCAGUAUGACCAGCGUUUGUGUCAAAAAAUGACUUGGGCACACUAUCAACAAACAAAAUGCAUAAAUAUAUGUACAAAACUGUCUAGUUGCCGCGAAAACUGCUAGCAACUGAGCUUUAAUUCGCCCGAGAAGAUGACACUAAUUGGGCCGCGGUCAGCGCUGAGUGUGUUUAGUGUUUUUGUUUUGGACUCAGUGUUUCGUUUUAUGUUUUUAGUGCGACGCAUUUUGGUGUUCAGUGUCAGUGUCGCUUGGUUCUUCACAGACAACUGACGACUGUUGAUUCCGUGUGGUGUGGCCUGAUUCUGGUCACCUGUCGCAAGUUGCGGAUUAGCAUGACGCCGCCCCGGCUGAGUCGCUAUUUGAUGGCAGUGCGUGGUGGGCGCGAUGGGGAGCAGCACAGCAAGAACUCGCAGACCGACGAAGAGAAGCAGCGCGAUCGACAGCGCAACGAGCGCGAGGCCAAAAAGGAAGAGCAGGACGCCAUCAACUACAAGCGCGACAAGGAGCAACGCGAGGCCCGUCUGCUGGACUUUGAGAUACGCCGGCAGCAGAAGCGGGACGAGCAACAGCAGCAGCGCCAGCAGCAACAGCAACUGCAGCAGCACCGCGAGCAGCAGCAUCAGCAGCAGCGCGAGCAACUGCAGCAGCAACACCGCGAACAGCAGCAACAUCAGUCCAGUGAGAAGAGCCCGCCCACCUCGUCCGCCGCCCACCAGCCUCAUACGCAUCCGCAACAGCAGCAGCAACAGCGGCAGCAUUUGCAUCUGCAACAGCACCACCUGCAACAGCAACAACAACAACAGCAGCAGCAACAGUCUACGGGUAGCGGAAGCAGCAACACACCCGUGACCCCCAAAUUGCAGACACCGCCCCCCGAUCGAUCGCUGCCCCCCGCCUUCCGGAGUCGUUCCAUCGAACGGGAGAUCCUCUACGAACGGAAGCGAUUCUCGCAGCCGGAAGCCGGCGAGAUCAAGGAGCUCGAUAGUACGACAUCAUCAUCCUCCACGCAGCAGACCUUCCCUGGCAGCGCAGUCGGUGCGGGCAGAGCGGCGGCAGCGGCAGCGGCGGUACCUGGGAGCGGGACAGCGGGACAAACGACGACAUUGGCGGGGCCGCCGGCAACGGCCGCAGCUGCCACAGCUGCGAUCAUCCCGAUAUUGCCGCUCGGCGUUGCCACGCUGCGCGAUGAUUCCACCGAAUCCGAGCAGUCCGUGACCUGUGCGCACAACCAGCUCGAUGCCUACCACCGCAUCAUGUGCCGGGCUCCCAUUGCGUCACUCGACUGUAUGGAGGAGUUCAGUGGCCGUUCGAUCAGCUUGGGCUCCAAUCCGGCGCUGCCCCUGCGGCAUGGAUCCACUCCGACGCCGGGGCUGCGGUACAAGAAUCUCGGCAAGAGUGGACUGCGGAUCUCCAAUGUCGGCCUGGGCACCUGGCCGGUCUUCUCGCCGGGCGUCAGUGACGACCAGGCGGAGGCCAUCCUCAAGCUGGCCAUCGAGAGCGGGAUCAACCUGUUCGACAUCUCGGAGGCGCACUCGGAGACGGAGAUCGGCAAGAUCCUGCAGCGGGCGGGAUGGAAGCGGACCGCCUACGUCAUCACCACGAAGGUCUACUGGAGCACCAAAUCCGAGGAACGGGGUCUUUCACGGAAACACAUCAUCGAGUGUGUUCGAGCCAGCUUGCAGCGAUUGCAGCUGCAGUACAUCGAUAUCGUUAUCAUCCACAAGGCGGAUCCAAUGUGCCCCAUGGAGGUGGUGCGCGCCAUGAGCUACGUUAUACAGCAGGGCUGGGCAAUGUACUGGGGCACCGCGCGAUGGAGCCAGGUGGAGAUCAUGGAGGCGUACACCAACUGCCGGCAGUUCAACUGCAUCACGCCGAUCGUGGAGCAGUCCGAAUACCACAUGUUCUGCCGUGAGAAGUGUGAGCUCUACCUGCCGGAGAUGUACAACAAGAUCGGGGUGGGCCUGAUGGCCUGGGGCCCCCUCUCGAUGGCCUUGAGCGACACCCAGAACGGGGACAAGCUCUUCCUGCCCAAGGGAUCCUUCAAGACGAAGAGCUUCUCGUGGACCGAGGACGAGAUCAAUCGCAAUGCCGCUCUGUCGCCGCAGGGCAGUUGGGGCAAGGACCGGAUCGAGGAGGGACGCCGCCACUGCGACCGCCUCCGUGACCUUGCCGCCCUCGCCGAGAAACUGGGCUGCAGCCCCACCCAACUGUCGAUCGCCUGGUCGCUGAAACACGAGCCAGUGCAGUGUUUGUUGUUGGGCGCCACUUCGGCGGAACAGCUCCACCAGAGCCUGCAGUCGUUGCAGCUGCUGCCACGCCUCUCCUCGAGCGUCAUGCUGGAGCUGGAGCGGAUCCUCGAGAACAAGCCGGUGCGGCCGCCGAUGAUCUCGACCUUGGCGCUCCGGUGACAAUCAGCGUGCCCGCAGGGGCCGCUCAGCCUGAGCGGCGGCGGACCCUGCGGCGCCGAUUCGCCCAAGCACGAGGAUGAGGCCUUCAUCGAGGAGGUGGACGCUGCCAAGGAUGCUGCCAAGCAGGGCUUCUGCCUCAUCCAGUGACGAAAGGAGUCCUUAGAUAACGAUAAUAAAUUUUUGAAAGUGAUUAGCAGUAAAACUAGCCUAAGUAGCAAUACCAUGACGACAACAAUAAGCAAGCAGGAGCAGCAGCAGCAACAGCAGCAACUGCAGCAACAGCAGCAACAGCAACAGCAGCAGCAGCAGCAGCAACAGCAGCAGCAGCAACUGCAGCAGCAGCAACAGCAGCAGCAACAUCAACAGCAGCAACAGCAAUAUGUGCAACUACAGCAGCAGCAACAUUUGCUGGCCAGCGAUUCUGUAGCUGUUCCCAUCGCAGCUGACCUCCAAUUCGACAGCCUAAAUAAUAACAACAUUAACAACGGCAGCCCGGAUCAGGUCCUGCCCUCCAGCGAUGAGCCCCAGAAGCGUCGUUCCCUGCUCAACUUCAAGUCCCUGGACUUUCACCUGAAGUCCUUGUACAGUGGCCUACGCAGCAACUCGGGCACCACUCCGCCAAGUCAGCCGAAUAGCUCCAUUCCGGCAGUGGAUCAAACGCAGCGAAGGAUGCCUUAUUUGCGGGUGGAGAGUGUGGAUCCCGAGGAGCCAAGAGGUGGUGCAGCAACAUCGAUUCUGCCGGGACAUUCACCCAGCUUUUUGUCGCCCUACACUGGCGGAGGAGUGGGCGGAGCAGCUGUUAGCCUCCAGUUGCCCUCGUCGGAUGGGCCCACCAUUAGGAGAUCCUCAACAUCGGAUAUAGUGAAUUGCAAGCGGGGAGGGGGAGGAGCAGGAGGAUCAGGGGCAGGAGGAGGAGCAGGAGGAGGAGCCUCAGGACAGGACAGCCGGAGGCCCAGCACCUCGGAUUUGCUGAGAAAGGCGAGGGAGCGAAAGGGCAGCGAGGCCAGGAUGGGCAGGAGUGUCUCCCACAGUGGACUAACAAGGGGUGGACCCGGCGGUGGGGGAGGUGGCCUGGGGGGCAGACGAACCAGCAUGGCCUUCUAAAAAAAAAAAAAAAUACUAAAAAAAAAACACUGAGAAAAUCUAAGCAAAUGAGGGGUGGCGUGAAAUGGCAAAUUAAAAAAAACUGUUGAUCAAAUCUGAAUCAGAAAUAGGCUGACAAAAUGGCGCUUAUGAAUUUUUAUCUAGUAAAAUGGGAAAAAAAAACCAAAAAACCAAUACCAAUAAUAGAGCAGCUAUUAAGGAAACGACUUUUUGUGGAUCUAUUAUCAUUAUGAUUAUAAUAUGGUUACUAUAAUUGAGCCUCGAAAAGAACUAAAGUUAGUAGAUGAUAAAAACAAGUAAAGAACAGAAACAUAACAUUUCAUCUCUCUUAAACUCUGUAUCUCUAUCUCUCUCUCUCCCCAGCAAUUUAAUAUAUAAUAUAUAUAUAUUUAAAGAACCCCAAACUUUUAUGACAAUAUUAGAACCUAACUAUCGUGUACUAUCGUUAACUAUCGCCUGACAAAAGCUCUAAAACUAACCUGCGUUCUGGCCCCAAAAACAAAACAAAAAAAUUAAUUGAUUCAAGAUCGAUCCAUUAUAUCAUCUUUCUGUGAGAGUUCAUAUCAAGCGAAAAGGAUACCCAAAAUAUGGGAAAAGCAAGGCAAAUGUCUUUUUGAUUAAUCGAUUAGUAGACUAAACGAGUGUUAAACGAUUGUUAACGAUUGACUUGAGGCGCUGGAGGGGAGUGAUUAGUGGUUAAUAACAAUGAAAAACGAUAACGCAUGGGGAAAUUGGUCGGAAAAUUAAAUUUUAGCUAAAUGAAAAAAAAACUAAUAAAAAAAAUAAAAAAAACUCAAAUGAAAAACUAAGAAACAAUUCAAAUCAAAUCUUAUUAUAUAGACAUUACUAGCAUUAUGUAGUUAAAUGAUAACAAUUCAAGCGAAAUUUUUUUAAAUCAACAAACGAAAAACAAUGCAAAUGCCUUUCAUAACAGCAACAACAACAACAACAAAUAGUUUAUAUUUUAAAUAAAUGCAGUAU